AUGACGUUAGAAAACAAAUUCCUGAUUGUGGAAGAGAAUGGAGAAAGAUCAGAAAAUGCUAACGGAGAUGGGAAAUUGGCAAAUCAAAAAAUAACAUUAAUUAGAUCAUUUUCGGUGCGUUCCAUUUCAAACUUAAGUGAUAUUGAUUUUGUGAUCGGAAGUAAAGAUGUGGAGUUACUGCGCCACAUUACUGCACUCUC